AUGGCCAAAAAACAACAGUACAUUCCCCCGCUGAUCGGGUGGCUGUAUGAUCUCGUGCUAUGGUCUUUCUCCGUGCUCAUCGAUCUCUUCUUUCGAGAGGUGCACCCGCGAGGAUCAUGGAAAAUUCCCCGUCGCGGUCCUAUUAUCAUCGUCGCCGCCCCUCAUGCGAACCAGUUCGUUGACUCCCUCGUCCUGAUGCGCGUCAUUCGCAGCGAAGCCCACCGACGGAUCUCAUGGCUCAUCGCAGAGAAAUCCUUCCGCCGCAAGUUUAUCGGACUGCUCGCUCGUGGUAUUGGAACGCUCCCGGUAGCCCGGGCUAUGGAUAACCUGAGGCCUGGAACUGGAACUAUUUAUCUCCCGGAUCCCGUCAACGAGCCGACCCUGUUGCGAGGUGUGGGAACCAAUUUUGAAGCGCCAGGCUUUGAGGUAGAGGGAACAAUUGCACUGCCAACCAUCAAUGGGACAUCGCACAGUACAGCUAUUGCGGAAAUCCGCGGACCGGAGGAACUCGUCCUGAAAAAGGCAUUCAAGCACAGAGAUGCCCUUGGUCAGCUCACUGGAAGACAGGAUAUUGAUUCGGAUGGAAAGUUCACUGGAGAUGCGGUCGAUCAGAGCUCGGAUUUCAAGGGCUCUAAAUUCAAGGUUGCGCCGCAUGUGGACCAGACCGCUGUGUACAAGGCUGUCUUUGGCAGACUGAAUGCUGGUGGCUGUGUUGGUAUCUUCCCAGAGGGUGGUAGCCAUGAUCGUACAACUCUACUUCCCCUUAAAGCUGGUGUGGCUCUCAUGGCCCUCGGUACUCUAGCGGACAACCCCGACUGUGGCUUGAAAAUUGUGCCCACGGGCAUGAACUAUUUCCAUGCCCACAAGUUCCGCUCUCGUGCGGUUAUUGAGUUUGGUAAUCCGAUUGAAGUCCCCAAGGAACUAGUAGAACAAUUCAAGAGAGGUGAACGCCGGGAAUCUGUCGGUGCCCUCUUGGACAUCAUCUAUCAAAGUCUUGUCGCUGUCACUGUCACCAGCCCAGAUUAUGAUACACUUAUGGUCAUCCAAGCAGCCCGUCGCUUGUACAACACCAAGGGUAAAAAGCUUCCUCUUCCGAUGGUGGUUGAGCUGAACCGUCGUCUGGUAAAGGGAUACGCGCAUUUUAAAGAUGAUCCGCGAAUUGUAAACCUUCGGAACUCAAUUGUGAACUACAACAAGCAGCUUCGCAUCCUUGGAAUCCGAGAUCACCAGGUAGCCUACGCCAAGUUCUCUAUCAUACAGGUGGUCGCUACCUUGAUCUACCGCUUGGGUAAACUGGCUCUACUUGCAAUUGGAACCCUGCCUGGACUGAUCCUAUUCGCUCCUGUUUUCGUUGCAACAAAGUACCUUUCCAUCAAGAAGUCCAAGGAAGCUUUGGCCGCUUCCAGUGUUAAGCUCCAAGGUCGGGAUGUGAUGGCUACCUGGAAACUUCUAAUCGCGCUUGCAUUUACCCCAGCCGUGUACGCAUUUUACACCACUGCGUUCACCUAUUGGACCUACCGGAAUCGGGUUCAAGGCUUUAUCCCUGACUGGGUUCCGCUGUGGUCGGUGGUUAUGAUUAGCAUGGUCCUCUUCCCCACCAUUACUUUCGCUGCCCUCCGUAUUGGUGAGGUGGGCAUGGAUAUUCUCAAAUCCCUGCGACCACUCGUCCUUUCCCUGAAUCCUUCAUCAGCCAAUACACUGGUGAAACUCCGAGCUAAACGCGCCUCUCUUGCUCAGCAAGUAACGGACGCCAUCAACACAAUGGGCCCCGAGCUUUUCCCUGACUUUGACGCCGCUCGGAUCGUCACCGAUCCAUUCCGCGAAGUUAGCCAUGAACUGAGCACAGCCGAAUUGACUCCAGAGAUUUCUCGAGCUCAUCACGCCGAUUUGGCCGAUGACUCACCUAGCGCAGAGCCGCUACCCCGUAAUGAAUCGUUCCACAAUCUAGCCAACAUUGGCUUCUUCUCCACAAGACCACCCAGUCGGAACCGCAGCCGUAGCAGCUCAGCAGCGCGCCGGCCUGGUUCUGGACACGGUCUAAAACCACUCAGCCCCAUGACCGCCAAAGAUCCCCUCGAAGAUGUGAGCUCGCGGAUCCGAGACGCCAUGAGGGAGCGUGGUGAACGACGUCGCCGGCGAAGUGAGGAUGGAAGCUGGGAUAUGGCUAGCUCGGGGACUCGAACCCCAUCUAGCGGAGAUGAAGGGCGAAAAGAUCUAUGA